GUAAGUGCCUGAUGAUCAAUUAAAAACUCGAUCUCGCGCACAAUCGAUUACGCGAGUCUCUCUCUCUCUCUUUCUCUUUUCGAAUCUCCGCGGGAUUUCGGAGAGUGGCGCGACUCGAUGAUGAAAAUCGUCGUCACAAUUCGCAGGGGCGAACCGGCCGAAUCUAUAUUUGGUGGCGUCUUCGAUUCCGCGGGUGUUUCUUCGGCGACGAUGCGUCCCGGAUUCGGGGGACGGCCUUUCGCAACUCUACCCUCUCUUUAACACCACGAACCCCGCCUUUCUCUGUUUCUGCGUCACCACUUCGGGACUAUUCAAGAACGGAGCACGCUCGCGCGACUCGCGAUGAGAGCGAGACGAGAGGCGCGCGCCGCGAGAGCUCCAACGCCGUGCUCCUUUCUCCGCUCCGCGCGCGUCUCGAGAAGCGUUUCACCGCGGGCGCGAUCAGGUGUCACCGCGCCGAUAGGCGAAACCUGCACCGCGGGCGGUUUCGUCUCACACGGAACACCUAUGGACGUAGCUGCAGCUGCACGCGCACGCGAUCAAAGAUCUCUCCUCCGACACCGAGUCGCAUAGGGCAUGGCAAGUUCAUGCUUCAGUGAUGUGGACGAAUAUGGUUUCGAACGACCGCACGACUUCGAUUAUGAAACAUACGAAGAUUUUAUGUCCGAGUACCUCAAGGUGCUCGCAAAGAUGGCCAAAAAGUGGGCGAAAGUUAUUGGCGAGGGAAAGUCUUUGCAGCGAAGCAUCACGAUCAAGAGAUAUGUUCGUAAAGGCAUUCCAGGGGAACAUAGAGGAUUGGUAUGGCUCGCUGUAAGCGGUGGAGAAGACAUGAGGAAUGCGUCGUCAGAUCUGUAUCAAAAGUUACUGCUAGCCCCUCACAAUGCAGAAAUCGCUGAGAUUAUUAAAACCGACCUCCCAAGAACAUUUCCAGACAAUAUAUUCUUUAAUAACACGGAGAAUCAGCAGCAUCAAUUAUAUAACGUUUUGUUGGCUUUCGCUCAUCAAAACAAAACUGUUGGAUAUUGCCAGGGCUUAAACUAUAUAGCGGGUUUGCUUCUGCUUGUAACAAAAAGCGAGGAGACAGCAUUUUGGUUGCUAAAAGUAUUAAUUGAUAGAAUCCUGCCGGAUUAUUAUACAUGCACUAUGGAUGGCCUACUGACUGAUAUCGACGUGCUCGCAGAAUUAGUAAGGAUAAAAAUGCCUGAUGUGUAUCAACAUGUAACGAACAUAGGACUACCCUGGCCAGUAAUUACGACUAAAUGGUUUGUGUGUUUGUUUGCUGAAGUUUUACCUAUAGAGACUACUCUGCGUAUUUGGGAUUGUCUCUUUUACGAGGGUACCAAGAUUAUCUUCCGUGUCGCGUUGACACUUAUAAAAAGGAACAGAUCUAAUUUAUUAGCUUGCCGAGACUUUACAACGCUAGCCGAAUGUUUUAAGGAAAUUACGAAAGACAGUAUUGUUUUGCAGUGUCACGAGUUUAUGCAGAGUAUUUUUAAAGUACCUGGAUCACUGCCUGGGAGCACAAUAGCAAAAUUACGAGCAAAGAUUAUGCAACAACGUAUAAAACGAAAACAAGAUAAGUUAGAACGAUAGUGUUAAUGACCGAUUCUUUUUUUUCACAUACACCGAAAUAUUCUAGUCUGUUUUUAUCAUUCAUUUGCAUCUUUUGCAAAAUGAAUGCAUAUAAAGCUGUAUUAUAUUGUUACUGCAUAAUUAUUCUAUUUGAUUGCUGUACAUACAUAUAAUGCCUAUUCAGAAAUGUAUAAAUAAGAUACAUUUCAUUUAUUUUAAGUUUAUCUCAGUUUACUGUACAUACAAUGUAAUAAACCAAGUUAUAAAUAUUUUACAGAGAAUAUUAAAAUAUAAAAUAUUAUAAGCUAUGACGAAAGUUGCACAAUUGUGAUAUUUUUUGAAAUUAACGAUAUGGAAAUAUUAACAUCUGGAAAAAUAGUUAUCCUUGUGGUAUUUCAUUUUAAUUAAAUCCUGAAUUUACAUGUACAUGCGGUUUCUGUUUAUGCACAAACAAUCCGUCUGGUAAAAAUAUAUUUAAAAACAAAAAAUUGUUCUAAUAUACAACUUCAAAAA